CUAGAGACAUACUGCAGUGAAUAAUGAUCGCGAAAUCGUCAAUUUUAGAUCAGUCAAAAGCUAGAGCUAGACUGGGUUUUUACCCGUAAUAAAAAUAAAAAUGUUUGAAUCCUGAGAAGAAGAAAUCACAUUUUUCACAAUACAACCAAGGUUCUACUAAAAAACAAAAUCAGCUGAAUAAUUUUCCGUCAACGCAGAUCCUGUUAUGUCUGAAAGAAAAUAUUUUGGCAGAGCAGGCAGGCCACAGAAGUCUUCAGUUAGUCGCUCAACUCAAAUCAACUCAAGCGCGAGAAAUGCACAGGUUCAGCAUAGUAACCAUGACAACUGGAGCAUGCAGCGGCUGGCGACAGCUAGUGGACUGAGAACAGAACGGGAUGAGUUAUGGGAUGAGUCAUGGGAUGAGUCCUACAGGCAGACAGGCGGCCUCUUCUACAACACAACUUACACAAACAGUCAAGGAUCAAGGUCAAACUCUUCAGUUAGCAUGGAGAGUUUAAACUCUGUGGGUAGCUCUCAAGGUCAUGCUAGAGGCUAUCACUCAAUGAGUAACACUCAAGGUCAUGCUAGAGGCUAUCACUCAAUGAGUAACACUCAAGGUCAUGCUAGAGGCUAUCACUCAAUGAGUAACACUCAAGGUCAUGCUAGAGGCUAUCACUCAAAGGAUAGCUCUCAAGGUCAUGCUAAAGGCUAUCACUCAAAGGAUGGCUUUCAAGGUCAUACUGGAGGCUAUCACUCAAAGGAUGGCUCUCAAGGUCAUACUGGAGGCUAUCACUCAAAGGAUGGCUCUCAAGGUCAUACUGGAGGCUAUCACUCAAUGAGUAACUCUCAAGGUCAUACUGGAGAUGAUUUCAGGACAGGGGACACAACUCCAGCUGCUGACAAAACAGCUGUUAACAAAAAUAAAAUUAGAAACAGGAGAAAAAAUAAGAAAUUAGAGAAAACAGCCAGACCAUUCAAAACUAUAGCUAGCAUUGAAAUCAUGAAGCAGUUUACUAGUGAGAAGAAUUUAAAAGAAAUAAUUAAUCAACAUAUAAAUACAUCAGAAAAGUGCAUGGUUACUUUGAAUGAAGCAUCUGUUGUUUGUGGGAAAAGUAAAGGCCAGUUCAUAUUGGUUGUUAAUGCAAAUAAAUUAAUGGCUGAGAAAGUAGUUAAAGAGUUCAGCCAAAAUGUAAAAAUGGCCUUGAAUGUUCCAGUCAGUUUUGAGAUAGCAAACAGCCCAGACCAGGAGGAAGAAGAUAACAAGACGUUCAAACAAACCAACAUUCAGGACGGUGAAAGAAAAGAACCAAGGGCCUGGUCUAAUCCAGAACAAGACUUUUUAAAACCAAAAACAAAAGUUGAGACAUCUGUAAAAAAAUAUGGUGCCCAAAAUAAAAUGGCUGAAAAUGUUAAUUCAUCAAAGUUGGUUAAAACUGAAGAGACUUCAAGUCCUCGGCCCACAAAAGUCUCAGUUUCUGUUGGGAAAAGUUUCUCUAGUAAAACUGAAGCCAGAGAUUUUUUCCAAAAUUACCUGUACCAUCAGGUCAGUAUGGAUAAUUUGUCCGAGGUUCAGCUACUGGAUUCUCGUACAAUUUUUGAAAUGUUUUGUCCAAGCAAAUCUGCUGCCUCCAGGCUUGUCAAGAAACUGAACAGGGUAAGACUAGAAGGAAUCUCUGUGCGACCUUUGAUAGCAGACACAGCUGUAGGCAAGAAUCCCCCACUGAAGAGUGAACACCUCAGAACUCAGGUUGAUGCUACUGUUUGUGACAUUGAUAGAAAGAUGGUCUCUAGCAUGGAGAAACAUAAAGUAAAGAUAAGAUUUUAUGAAGAAGCACUUAAAAAACAUGAAGAAAAGAAUCGUUCUAAUGAAGAGUCUAUUAAAACAUUAGAUUCACCUGCUUUUGUUGAGGAAAGCGAAGAUGAUGUUGACAACAGUGAAGAGCUGGCCCUAAGAGAUAAAUUUGUUGAGUUAACUAAACAGCUGAAAGUUUUUGAAGAUGAUUGUAAUGAACUAAAAGAAAGAGUGAAACAGCUGAAUCUAUUGACAGCUUCAAUGACAGAUUUGAACAAUGUCCUUGAGACAGUGGGAGUGGAGUGUCAACGACUGAGCACAGCUUUACCCAUUUACGCCAGGAGAAAGGACAUUGUAGAACAUGUUAAGGCAAACCAAGUCUCUGUCAUACUGGGUGAGACAGGCUCAGGAAAAAGUACCCAGAUAGCCCAGUACCUGUACGAGGCUGGUCUAGCAGGAAGUGGUGCUAUCAUCUGUACACAGCCUCGUAAAGUGGCGGCCAUAACUCUUGCUGAACGUGUGGCGAAGGAGAUGGUGAAGAAAGUUGGGGGUCUUGUUGGCUACAAAACUGGAAUUAAAAAAACGGUCUCACAAGUGACCAAAAUAAUCUUCUCAACUGACCACUGUUUGCUAAAUGAGUGCCUGAAAGAUGCAGAGCUCACUGAGUACUCUUGCAUCAUUGUGGAUGAAGCACACGAGCGCAGUAUUUACACUGACCUUCUACUGGGCAUGAUCAAAGCUUGUUUACCCAAAAGACCUGAUUUGAAAGUGGUCAUUACAUCAGCCACUAUAGAACCUGAACUUUUUAUCAGGUACUUCCAAUGUGGGCCAGAGUUGAGAGUUUCAGGAAGAACAUUUCCAGUAGAUGUCUUGUAUGAGAUGGACAACACAAAUGAGUUUGAAGAUUAUGAAAAGAAAGCGGUUGCUAAAGCAGUACAUGUCCACAAGAAUGAAGGUCCUGGUGAUAUUCUUGUUUUUCUCACUUCCCCUGUUGAAAUCAUGAGAUGCUGUGAAGAGUUAGUCAAACAGUUAGCAGCAGGUGCCACAGAAAGACAGCUAGCAGACUUCAAAUGUUUUCCACUUCAUGGACAGCUUCCACCUGAUGAACAAAAGAAAGUCUUUCAGCCUCUUUCAGAUGGAGUAAGGAAAAUAGUUUUUGCCACAAACUGUGCAGAAACCUCCAUUACAAUUGAUGGCAUUAAGUAUGUUAUAGACACAGGUGUGGCCAAAGAAAUGAAAUAUGAUCCCAAGAAAAACAUCAAUCUUCUGGGGACACACGUCAUCAGCAAAAGCUCCGCUGACCAGAGGAAAGGCAGAGCUGGACGUACUGCCAGUGGCAAGUGCUACAGGCUCUACACUGAAGAGAGCUACCACUCCAUGGCCACCAUCAGUGAUCCAGAAAUUCUUCGAGUCCACCUGGGUCAAGCUGUCCUGAAACUUGCAGAACUUGGCAUUGACUGUACCAAGUAUGAGUUUGUUCAGCCCCCCAGCAAGGAGGCCAUUGACUCAGCUUUGACCCUUCUGCACCAGCUUGGGGCAUUGAACUCAAGUGGAAUAACAGACAUUGGGAGAUGGAUUUCAAAGUUACCCUUUGACCCCAGACAAGGCUACCUAAUCUUCCAAGGAAACAAAGAAAACUUACUGUAUGACUCUGUGGUUGUGGCAGCUCUGAUAACCCACGGGACAAAUCUGUUUUACAGGGGCCUAGCAGAGUCUGAACAACAGAAAUCAUCCCAGAAAAAAAAUCUCUUCAGUUCUGAGUUUGGUGAUAUAUUUACACACUUGCAAGUUUACAAACAGUGUGAAAAGCUUGAUAAAUCUGGACAGUCCAAAUGGUGUAGAGAAAACAGCAUUAAUUAUAAAAUCUUUAACUUUGUCAAGCAAUGUGUUGGUGAAGUGUCUUCUGUAUUGAAAAAAGAACUUGGUACUUCCAUGGAUUAUGUUUUCAAUGAAGAUAAGGCAACUCUCAACGCUUUGAGAAAAAUUAUCUUUCUGUCUUACCUCCCUUCACUGAGUCAUUAUCUGGGCCAUAUAAAAGCUGGAUAUUUUGUACCUUUGGUAGAAAGACAAGUACAUUUUCAUCCAUCCUCUAGUCUGGUGUCCCAAAAUGCCCAACCAGAAUGGGUAGUGUACACAGAGUUGACUAAAACUUCCAGAGAUUUCAUCAAAGGAAUGACAGUGGUUGAUGAAGACUGGGUCACUGAGGCCAUUGCCAGCCAAAAAAUUUCCCUCAACCUGCAGAGUGUCAGGGAGAGGAGGAUCAAAGUUGUGCACAAAGAGGAAGUUGGAAGGUUUAUAUUUCAAAAGAUUGUUGGUCCAAGGUACAGUAAUCUGCGCCAGUUGGAAAAUGAGUUGCUUGAAGAAGGAAUGGCCAACAUUGUUGUAGAAGCUGACAGAGAACUGGGUACCAUUGAGAUCUACUCUACAUCUACUAUGGUAAACUUGAGCUACACUGUGAUUGGCCCCACAAAAGUUGCAUGUUGGGACGUCUUAAAAUCUGAAGAGGAAGAGUUGUGCCUCCUGAAAACUUCCUCUGGGAAAGACAAGUGUGGGUUUCGAGUGAGUCUGGGUCAAGGAGGAACCGUCAAGUGCCUGCUCCUGCCUGACCAGAGCAACAAAGUCCUGGUGAGGAAUACCAGCCGCGCCACAACAGAAGAGGAGGUCAGGGAGAAGUUUGAAAGCUUUGGUCACGUCAAGCAGCUGGUACGCUUCAAGAAGUUCAAUCCUUGGGGUUUUGUUCGAUACGCCUCAUACUUGGAAGCUGAAAGAGCUGCCGAGUCUACAAGCAAGGACGAGUACAUGGCUGGGAAAUUAAAAAUUGAUAAAUUUUUCGGGAAGGAAAAAAGCAAAUUCGAGGCUAAAUUAACAUAUUGUAGGCGCCCAAUUAAAGGCAAAGGAACUGCUUUUAUAAAAUGCCCACCAAACAUCAGAGAAGAUCUUUUUGGUCGACAUCUGAGUUUGUCCACUGGCUUGGUUGAUUUAAAAUAUGCUCGAGAUAGUGAUGAUUUAAUUUGUUUUAAAACUGGAUCCGCAGAAGAAAUAGAAAUCAAAGACAGGGUUUUAGAUUUACUCCAUGAUCGUGAUGAAAUGAGUAAAAAGAUUCGCAUCACUGUCGCUCGUGAGAAAGCUACCAUUCCCAUUGAAACAGAAGUUAAAGAGUUUCAAAAAAAAAUUACAACUGAACUUCAGUGUUACAUACCACAAGAGAAGUUUCAAUUAAAUUUAAUUCCUCCUAAAGAAAACUCUAUUAACCUGGUGGGUUUUAUUCAGUUUGAUGAUCCGGUCAGUGGCUUUCAUGCCUGUCGCGCAGUUGAAAAUAGGUUUAGAAUGCUUGGCCAAAAGGCCUUAAGCAUUAGUCCAUCUCUUAAGACAACGAUGCACGUACCUAAGUUUAUAAUGAGUGUUUGUGAAACUCGCCUGGAUGAAAUCACCAAAGGCCUGAAAUAUCAUAAAGGCGUAGAAGUGACAAAAAGGUGUUUGAAAAAAGGGGACUUUGUCCUUGAAAUUAAAUCAGUCAGAGCCCUGUAUAUUGUUGAAGCCAGGGACUUGAUUCAGAAAGAGCUAGAUGGUGAGGUCAUUGACUGCGGGGUCAAUGACCUUCUGAGAAAUCUCAUCAAACAGGAAGGGAGAGAGUUUUUACGUCAAAUUGAAAAAUCCGAGUCAGUGCUUAUUGUGGUUGACGACAGAAGGGAAAAAGUGUACCUACACGGAGCCAUGAGCAGGAUCAGCCAAUGUCAGUCUAAAAUCAAUGCGUUCCUAGAUCGGCUGAGCAAGGGCAGGCAUGUUUCUGUCAACCUGAGGGGGCCAGGCAGACCCAUGGGGCUGAUGAAGGCCCUGCUGGUCAAAUACGACAAUCUCCAGGAGGACAUGACCAAAACGUUUCAGCUCAGCAGUGUAAACAUUGAUUUUAAACUGCAGAAGCUCUCCCUUGUUGGAGACACGGAAGCUGUAGACAAGGCACUGGCCAGCAUCACAGAACUAGAGUCUAGCCUGGUGUCUUCCUGCAGACAGGCGGGGGUGAGAGAGUUGCCGGACUGCACCGUGUGCAUGUGCCCAGUGGACAGCGUGGACGACGUGUACAGGCUGGAACUAUGUGGACAUUGCUACUGUCUGACCUGUUUGAAGGGGCUUUUCACCGUCUCUGUGGAUGAGAAAAAGUUUCCGCUUGAGUGCGCUGACGAGGGCUGCCAGUCUCAGCUGGUUUGGAAAGACUUCCAGUUCAUGAUCAGGAACAAGUGGGUGACAGAAGAGAAGCUGGUCCAUAUCCAUAGGUCAUUGAACUCUAUGGUUUCUCUGAAUCCAAGCAAGUACAAAUUCUGCUUGACCCCCAACUGUCCUAUCGUGUAUGAGGUGACCACCUGUGAAGAGGGCAGUGAGUUUACCUGCCCAUCCUGCUCUGUCAGCCUGUGCACCUCCUGCCACACAGUGUACCACGCAGGUCUCACCUGUAAGCUGGUAGAAACAGCGAGCCUUGCUGACAAACAAUUUGAAGAUUGGAAAGCGUCAAAUUCUAAACGUAUAAAAAGUUGUCCCAAGUGUGGAUGCACCAUUGAGAAAAUUAAGGGUUGCAACAGAAUGCACUGUAAGCUGUGUAGAACCCAAUUUUGUUGGCAUUGCUUAGCUUAUUUUUCAGAUGAUCAGCAAUGCUAUGCUCAUCUUAUGAAAGUACAUGGAGAUAUCUUUUAAAUACAUCUUUAGAACUUACAAAGCCGAUUAAUCUUUUUUCUAAAUAGUUAUUAAGAAAAUUGUAACCUCCAAAUAAACUCUCUAAACCAUGAUGGUAUGGGGAACAGAAUUUGAUUUAUUUAACUUGUCAUGUUAUCGGCUCUUGUGUGUGAGGUUCAUCCUUUAAUGACAAUUAAAUAAUUAAUGCAAAUGAAACUAACUCCAUCAAUAGCUUUUUUAAUGUUUCGUUCAGUGCAACACUUCGGUUAUUUUGAUCCUAAUAAUUGUCUACAAGUCAUGCUUUGAUUGUAUUACUGAUCUAUUAUUUUUUCUCUACUGCUAUUAGAAAAUAUAGUACAGCUUGAUAUAUUGGGCGAGUUUUGCUAGCAAGCGUUAAGAUUUUUAAAGGAAAUUUAUUUAAGUUGAAUAUUUAAAUGUUAAAUAACUGAAAAUUGUGAUAUUGUUAAAUUUGAAAUUAAAAUAUACACAUAAUUUAUUCCUCCAUUUUUAGGAAAAUCCAUUCUUACUGUGAUUUUUC